UUACAGUCAGCUCAGAGAAGAUGAGUUGGAGUCAUAUCACCCCCAAAGCUAAAUGUGAUUUUCCAGCGUCUUCAAAAUGGCAGCCCCCGGAAGAGUCGUGUUGUUGGCUUGUGGCUGCUUCAACCCCAUAACCAACAUGCACUUACGUCUUUUCGAGCUUGCUCGUGAUCAUCUGGAGAAGACAGGCCUGUAUAAGGUGAUUGAAGGGAUCAUAUCACCAGCACACGACAAAUAUGGUAAAAAGGGAUUGGUACCCAGUACAGAUAGGAUUGCCAUGGCACAACUGGCACUCUCUACUUCAGACUGGGUGCGUGUGGACAGUUGGGAGAGUGAACAGAAGGGCUGGCUGGAGACUGCUGUGGUGGCCAGGCACUUGAAACGACAGGUUCAGAACAAGCACGGCAGCGUCAUGGACUCUGAAACAGACGGGCCAUCCAGGAAGAGGAGGAAAACACAGCACAACGUUAACAACAUAGAUAAAAAUGCUGGCAGCAGCACAGCUGUGGCAUCUGGUGAUGUACAACUGAAACUGUUGUGUGGUGCAGACUUGCUGGAGUCCUUCGCUGUACCCAAUCUCUGGAGAGAUGAACAUAUCAAAGAACUUGUGUCUGACUUUGGCUUAGUUGUCAUUUCAAGAGCCGGGUCCAACCCUGAAAAGUUUAUCUAUGAGUCUGAUGUGUUGUCUAAAUAUAAGAACAACAUCCAUCUAGUGACAGAAUGGAUUCAGAAUGAGAUAAGUGCCACAAAAAUCAGGCGGUCCCUGAGACGAAAGGAGAGCAUACGGUACCUUGUCCCUGACCCUGUCAUAAACUAUAUCAACGAACAUCAGCUGUACCAGCCAGAAACCGAGACAUCAUGAAGAGGCAACAUUCAGACAUAUCUGAUACAGAAUCUUUACCUUCGUCGAGAAUGAUAUAUUUUCAGUGCCAUUUUUUUCAGUGAGAAUGCAUGAAAAAGUUGCAAAUAAUAAGGACAAGCUUGGCAGGGGCUGGUCUUUGCAAGGAUUUGAAACUGAAGACAUAUACAAUGCCUGAGCUCUUGUGUCAAAACAAAUUGAUUGUAUUGUAGUACAGUAUUGGCAUGGGUCUUAGCUUUGCAGCAACAAUCUGGUUUUCGUAAGAAUUUAGUGGACAAAAAUGCAGGAUUUACCAAAACCUGAGAUGUCAGGUAAUAUGCAAAUCACUUCCUGUCGUCUGCUGUAAUACCAGACCAUUGUUCCUGUGGUCAGACGGUUAGAGAUCCCCAAUACAGAGUACAAUCCAUUUAUAAUGUUGGGAGGAUACUGUAAGGAGUCAAUUUAGCUAUUAAAACCCUGACGGAAGAUAACUAUAUGCUAGAGAACCCUGGGUCCUCAUAGUCCGUGUUUAAGCAAAGUAAAGUUAACGCAUGUUGAAUGUUUUGGCACCUCCAUCUUAAGGGUGAAACUUUCAGGCUGUAGCUCAGCUAGUUAUCAGCUUCACAGUUGAGCUCCUGUUCCUAGUUGGUAAGUGGUUUCAGUCUGAGGAUUUUCUGGUUGGAGCUGUACGGUGAUAACAGCCUCAAUAGCCAUUACCCGGAUGGGUACCUACUGGCUGUAAUGAUACGACACCAAAAGAUGAAUUAUUUUUCUAUAAAAUUCAGAGAACAAGCAAUGGAAUCGAUAAGGCCUUAGUAUCAUGCAGUCUUGUUUUAGAUCUCAUUGUCUAAAAUACUGGCGUAAAAGCAGUGUGGUGGCUUUGAAUAAUAGCCUUGAAUUUCAGCUUAACGCUUGCACAUUGUAUCACUAUGGCAAUCAUGUAAUCUGAUGAUAAGGAACGUGCUGAUUGAAAGCAAUAAAAUCCCUUUGAUUUCCUAUCAUACUCUUUAUUAUUUAGCUGACAACAACAAAGAUUGUGUUUUUCACAUUUUCAGUCUAUAUUGCAACUUUUGUACUUGGUAUAUACAUCAGAUUCUGCAUGUGAAGGCAUAUAUUAAUAAACUGGGUUGCACCUAAGUGUG